AUAAUGUUUUGCUUUGUUGCAAUUUAUUGUGAAAAUUUAGUCUAUCGUGAGAAUUUAACAAAAUGAAAUGCCAUUACGAGGUACUAAAUGUGGAGCGAACAGCUGACGAAAAAGAUAUAACAAAAUCUUAUAGGAAAUUAGCCCUUAAAUAUCAUCCAGACAAAAAUCCUGACUGUAUAGAAGAGUGCACAAAACAAUUCCAUCUGAUUCAGCAAGCUUAUGAAGUAUUAACAGAUCCUCAGGAAAAAGCAUUUUAUGACAAACAUAGAGAAGAGAUCUUGAAAGGAGGGCUUGGUAAGGGUGGUGAUUAUAAAGAUGACUGUCUGAACGUAUACGAAUAUUUUAAUAGUGCUUGUUAUUCGGGAUUCGAUGAUAGUGAUAACGGAUUCUAUACAAUAUAUAGGAAAAUAUUUGAAAAAAUUGCAGCGGAAGAUAUUGAAUAUCUUGACGAUCCUGAUGACCUUUUAUUACUUUAUCCUUGUUUUGGCAAUUCUGAAUCAACUAGCGAAGAUGUCAAAAUUUUUUACGGUCGCUGGGAAGCAUACUCAACUAGAAAGUCGUUUGUAUGGGUAGAUGAAUAUGAUAUUCGAGAAGCACCGAACAGAUAUGUCAGACGCCAAAUAGAGAGAGAAAAUAAAAAGCACCGAGACAAAGCUAAAAAAGAAAGGAAUGAAGAAGUUCAAGCAUUAGUUGCUUAUGUGAAAAAGAGAGACAAAAGAAUGAUAGCCUAUAGGAAAAAAUUAGAGGAAAGAAAAGUAGAAAUUGCAAGGCAAACACAAGAGAAAAUGUUAAAAGAUCGUCAAGAAAGGCAAAAACGAAUGGAAGAUUUCAAAGAAGCUGAUUGGUCUUCUAUGUCUACUUUAGAGAAAGAAUUAGAGAUGCUGGAAAAGAACGUUAGCGCUCAAUUUCAUGACGAAGAUGAAUCAUCAAGUGACAUAUCUAACGAAGAAAACAUUGAUGAACUAUUAGAUGCUCUUUACUGUCCUGCUUGUGAUAGAAUGUUUAAAACUCCAAAAGCAAAACAAAAUCACGAAAAUUCCAAAAAGCAUAAGGAAAACGUUGCACUCUUAAAAGAAGAACUAGUUGAAGAAGAUAAACAUCUUCAGGACGAUAUUCUAUUAGAUGAAGAGUUAGAAGGAGAAGAAAUAGAAGAAGAAGAAGAAGAGGAAGAAGAAAUAGUUGAAAAAAAGCCGAAAAAAAAUAAAAAACAGAAAAAGAAACAGAAAAAGUUUCAAACGUACAAUGGCCUAUUAGAGGAGGAUGAUGAAUUAGACGUCGUUGACAAUAAUUCAUCAAAUGAUGGAGUUAAUUUUACAGAAGCAAAUGAAAACGAAAAUAACGAUAAAAAAGAACAAGCAAACGAUGGUUGUCGAUUCGAGGAUAAUCACCUAAGUGAACCGAAUGAUUCAAGUUCUAAGAAGAAUAAAAAGCAGAGAAGAAAGAAGAAAGCGGCUGUUGUAGAUAUCUUGUGUAAUAACUCGGAACCUGAAAACGUUCAAGAAAUUCCUAUAUUGAAUUCUGUUUCCUCAGAAGAAAGCAAAAAUGAAAAUACUAAAAGUAAAAGUCAAAAAAAAAAUAAAAGAAAAGAAAAGAAACAACAAGGUGAUGAAGAUAGCAUAACGACUAAUCAAGCUCAUUUUUGCAAUACCUGCUCAAGGGAAUUUUCAUCAAAAAACAAACUUUUUUCACAUUUAAAAGAAACAGGUCAUGCAUUACGGUUAGAAGGCGAAGAUAAAGCUGAACCUUCUAGAAAGAAAUUGGGUAAAAAAGGCAAACGAUAG